AUCUUGAAAUCGUCCCGACCAGAGGAGGCGAGGAGGAGACGGGCUUGAGAAAAUUCAGUUCGUCCUAAAGUCGGUAGCGCCAUUAGCUAUACGGAUUAACAGCACUUUUGUGGUUAUUGUUAUCAUUUGAUAGCGUUUCCACUUGUUCAUUUAAUUAAUUUCGACGGGGAAAGACUGCGUGGCCCGCUCCGUAGAGGGCUAUCAUACCGGAGGAGGGAGCCUCGUAAAUCGGUUGUUUCCCUGCUGGAGCGAGCGGGGCUCUGGUUGUGGCCGGGCAGCGCCGCCGGACUGUCGGACCAAACUGAGACACCGAUACGGAAUAUAACAACAAAAAUCAAGAUCUCAAACGUGCUGCUUUAAUUGUAGGUGGUAAUACAUCAAAAUUCCAAUGGUGUUUUGACGUUUUCAUGGCUAUGCGACGGAGCUCACCGAGGAGAAGUUUAAUUGAAGAGGGGAGUGCGCUUGAUUUCCAGUCCCGUGGAUGUUAGCUCUACCCGGCUGUGGCUCUGCCCGCUGCUCUGUAAAAAAGAAAAAAACAGGUUGAAAAGCAAAAGUACGCGCAAGUGAACGCUUGUGUUCACAACAAUGCUGCAGACCUGGCAUGUAAAUGACAGCUCUGGCUUGAAUGUCAACCAGCCGCCCUCCAUUGCUCGCCUGUAAACCUGGAAAUACCAGCAGUCAUCUCCUCUUCAUCCUCCUCAUCCUCUUCCUCCCCUCCUUGUUUUUGGACUAGUGAGGUUUUGCAUUACCUGGGAUGUUCUGGAUUUUAACAUUUGAAGAUGUCUUUUUUGCAAAGACAGUGGUCAUUGGAGCUGCAGGACAUUUAAUUUGACUCAUUCGUGUUUUUUGAAAAUUUUGUGUUGGCUUUUUUUGUUGUUUUUAAAAUUCUCUUUCUAGUCAUUGGGUCUGAUUCGGAUGGAAAAUGGGAGACGCCAUCAAACUGGCCUUCGCCGUUUUCCUCAUCUCCUGCUCCUCAGGUGCCAUCCUAGGACGCUCAGAGACUCAGGAGUGCGCGUACUACAACUCCAGCUGGGAGAAGGAGCGCACCAAUCGCAGCGGCAUCGAGCUGUGUCGUGGUGAGAAAGACAAGCGUCGGCACUGCUUCGCCACAUGGAAGAACGUCUCCGGUACCGUGGAGGUUGUCAAGCAAGGCUGUUGGCUGGAUGACGUCAACUGCUACGACAGUAAUGAAUGCGUUGAGAGGAAGGAGAGUCCAGAUGUUUUCUUCUGCUGCUGUGAAGGCAACAUGUGCAACGAGAAGUUCCUAUACGCCCCUGAAGUGCCACAGACCGACCCGCACCAUUCAACUGCCUACACCACCUCCAACCCAUUUUCACAGAAGCCCGAGCUCUUCAGCACUCUCCUUUACUCCCUGGUUCCUAUCAUAGGCCUGGCUGCUGUCGUCCUCUUCUCUUUCUGGAUGUGGCGACAUCACAAACUGGCCUACCCAGCUGCCCUCGUCCCCACACAUGAUCCUGGCCCCUCACCCCCAUCCCCCAUUAUGGGACACAAACCCUUGCAACUGAUUGAGGUGAAAGCCAGGGGCCGCUUUGGGUGCGUGUGGAAAGCCCAGCUGCUGAACGACUACGUGGCCGUCAAGAUCUUCCCGAUUCAGGACAAGCUGUCUUGGCAGAACGAGUAUGAGAUGUACAGCGUGAACGGCAUGAAGCACGAGAACCUCCUCCACUUUAUUGGUGUGGAGAAGAGGAACAACAACCUGGACCUAGAGCUGUGGCUCAUCACCGCCUACCAUGACAAGGGUUCACUGACAGACUACCUAAAGGCCAACGUGGUGUCCUGGAACGAGCUUUGCCACAUCAGCCAGUCAGCAGCCCGUGGCCUGGCCUACCUCCAUGAGGACAUCCCAGGACACAAGGACGGACACAAACCCUCCAUUGCUCACAGGGACAUUAAGAGUAAGAAUGUGCUGUUGAAGAAUAAUCUGACAGCCUGCAUAGCUGACUUUGGCCUUGCGCUGACAUUUGAGGCUGGAAAGUCAGCAGGAGACACACAUGGACAGGUGGGCACACGGCGCUACAUGGCUCCUGAGGUCCUGGAGGGUGCCAUCAAUUUCCAGCGUGACUCCUUCCUACGCAUUGACAUGUACGCCUUUGGCCUCGUGCUGUGGGAGCUUGCUUCACGGUGCACGGCUGCCGAUGGCCCUGUAGACGAGUACAUGCUGCCAUUUGAGGAGGAGGUGGGUCAGCAUCCGUCUCUGGAAGACAUGCAGGAGGUUGUUGUGCAUAAGAAACUGCGGCCCUGUCUGCGAGACUGCUGGCAGAAACAUACGGGUUUGGCCAUGCUCUGUGAAACCAUCGAGGACUGCUGGGACCACGAGGCUGAGGCUCGCCUGUCCGCCGGCUGUGUCGAGGAGCGCAUCGGCCAAAUGCAGCGCCAGGCCCCCGUCAUCGGCCCCGAGGAGAUCGUCACUGUUGUCACCAUGGUGACCAACGUGGACCUCCCACCCAAGGAGUCCAGCUUAUGAUUGGCCAAUCGGUUGACACCAGAUGAGCUUGGAGAAACAUGGAUCAACACGAGGGGAUGAACAGCCGACCCUGGUUGGUUGGCGGAGUGGUUUUGAUUUUGAUUUUUUUUUCUCCUUUAUUUACAUUUUCCUUUUGUUUUUUUCUUUUAUCUUUGUUUUCUUUUAAGUGCGGGCCGCUACUCACGUUCAGGAAACACCCUGCGCCCACCUCACCACAUCAGUUGAUAUCCACCUCAUUUUGAUAUGUGUGCCUAAGGAUUUUAACAUUUUAACAAGUCAAAGCUCUCUCAUGUCGAGCAAACGAUUCAGGAUAUUUAUGAUGACAGACGACAUCACUGAGUGACAGUGCUGACAUGCUGGGACGUCGACACUCUAUACACUUUUAUCAUGUCUUGUUUUUAUACACAUAUACACACACGUACAUACACAUAGGAGGGCAACCUGUUCUGCUCGGUUUUCUAUGGAGAGAGAAAAUCUUGCGGAGGAAUUUCACCGAACUCUCAGUGCAUUUUAGUGUAACAAAAAAAGAGAAAAAAUGGAAAAAAAGAAAAUUACCCAGCUCUCAAUGCAUUUGCUGUUUUCUUGUGUGCGUUUUUUUUUUUUCUCUUUUGAAGAAACGACUAUCGUUCUGCCAAUAAGCAACGGCUUUUGAAUGUUUAUAGUGUAAUGCUGCUGUACAUAGUGUAUUAUGGACCCAGACGACUUGGUAAUCAAGCUUAUUUUAAAGGGGGGAGGGGAGGGAGGGGUCCAUUUUCAAGCAUUACAACGGUUAAAAAAAAACCAUAAACCUCCUUCAACCAGGUAUACCUCAGUUCAGAUGGACACAGUUUAAAUUUAGUCCCUCCCUCAGUUCAUAGUCAUAGCUCCCAUCUUCUCAACAACCUUGGCUCUUCAUGACAUCGCAACAAUCUGCUGUCACCCUUGACACUCGCGGGAAACGCGAGUGGACAAAAAAGCCUUGAUAUGCUCGGUCAUACACAGCCGUAAACACAUGUGGCGCUCCCUUUUUUCCUCCCCUUUCUCUGUGUCUCAGUUUAGUUUUCGCUCCACUUUUGAUUUUUGACUUUAUAAUAACUCUCCCCGGCUGUUUGUCCGUUUUAGAAUGGGGGAAAAAAAAACACACACACGCACCAUGAUGAAUUUGUUGUUUUAAGUGAUUAUUUUCCGUUUUUUGGUUUGCCGUGUCAACUGUCAACAGAGUAGUGAUAUCUGUUCGCUGACAAGUCUAAUUUUGGCCAUGAGAUGUGGAUAUAAUAGUAUAUGUGUUUUAUUUCUCUCUGGAUUAGUGCUGGGUACCAACUAAUGAUACCUUGUUUUUUUGGUAUUAGUACCAAAUCAGAAGACUAAACACUUCAAGGUUGUCAGACUUGUGGAGCUUAUUCUUAUUGUUCUUUUUUUUAUUAUUUUGUGAAAUCACUUGUGUGUCAUCUGAUUCUAUUUUGAAAAAAAAAAACAGAAUGACAACAACAACAAAAAAAAUCAUCCAAUGUGUUAAAUUUUGGAAAGGUAUUAGGUUUAAAAGUGCAGUUUGGAGGAAGUUUCCGGGGGAUACCCAGCCCUACUUUGGAAUUGCACCUGUAUUUAGCUGAGCCAGCUUGCUUUUGAUUUGAUUGCACACAUCUUUUUCUUUUUUUGGAUCACUAUCAAGAGCCUCUGCUCUCUUUUGAUACACCUCAGGAAUCUUUGCUACUCACCACCUCCUUACAUCUUCCACUUGUUCCUCCUCAUCCUUACCUGUCUUGGACUGGAGUUCUUCCUCUCUCACCAAUUCUUAUGCUGUCACCCUCCUGCCUCGUCUCUACGUGUAAGGGUUGCUCAGCCAUGCUGUUUUAAGAACAGUCCAUGUAGAUCCGACUAGAGAACUAGUUUGUCGCAAACACACAGCUUGGUUGUUGCCCCAUGUGUUUCUCCAUCUUUCCAAGCAAGCCAAAUAAGGUCUAACUCUGACUCUGGUCAUCUACUUAAUCAGUCUUUCUGCUGUUUUCAGUGUUACCACCAUUUUUUUCAGAUUUGAUUUGCCUGAGUUGGUGUUUUCUUUUGAACUGGACAGAUAGGUGGUGGACAUCUUGGGUCAUUUGUUUCCCUGAGGUCCCCGAGAAACUGGUCAGACCUUUACUAGCUCUGAACAACAAGCUGGGUAAAAGUACAUUGCAUGUCUUUCUUCAGAUUUAGCCACAACCUGCUUUAAGGUAACAGAUUCAGUAGUUUCCACAGUAAUGUUGAUGUGAUUAUAAAAAAAAGAAAAGAGAAAAGGAUAAAGUGCUUGUGAAUUUGCAUUUUUAAGUUCCUCACACAGGACUGACAGUCAUGGUUCUGAAAUCCUGCUGACACCAAAAUCUCACAGCUAACCGCAGUUAAGACGAGGGACGUCUCUUUCUCUCUUUCAUCCUGGUGCCAUUACUACGUGUCCGUAUUAGUUACUCUUGUAGAUGUCAGGCAAAACGGAUGUAUCUGUCAUUGUUGUGAAGGUAGCAAUGACAUUUUUGAGUCUUGAUUUCCCCUGAGGGACAUUGAGCACUGGUGCCGGCAGACCUGCAGUCUCUCCUCAAGCUUUGGGAUGGUUUUACAGCACGCUGUUUAAAAUCAAGCAUUUUAAAAUCAAGUUGAUGUGGAUGGGAGUCUUUCAAACUUGAAGAAAUGUCUUUCUGCUGACACAUUUCUUAUUUAUAACAGUUUUAAGUAAACACUAAGAUAGAACUAACAGUAAUCAUGAGCCAAGUAAAACAUGUAAAACACUACAAUUCUUUUUUUUUUUACAAAAUUAUUGUCAGAGGAGUCAGUGCAAAUCUUCACACAGCAAAAAUUCAAAUCCGUUACUGAGCUUUAUUACUUUAGAUCACUCCCAUGUACCUCAUGUAUCCCACGAUCCGUGCUCUUAUUUACAUUUGUCAUUUUUCUAAUACAGACUUUAAACGGCCAAACAACUUCAGGAAGUGGAUGAAACAUAAAAUCUAAGUAUUUUUGCAGUUCAGACACACUUAACUCCUGUUACACUUCUAAAGUGAAGAGGGUCGAGAGUAAUGUGACAUGUGUGAGAUCUGAGGCGAUCGCAACGACGACAACAACAACAACACAGCAAACCUGAAGGAAGUUCAAGCCAUCAUCUUGUUAUUCACUCACUGUAGCACGACUACGAUAUUCACAUCGAUAUCGCUUCCUUUUGCCGCUGCUGUCUUUCAGUUCGCUGCACUUCAGAAACAGCUGUGUUUGGUCCUUGAAGCUCGAACUAUCAGGGACGAUCAGUACUGCAAACCCCAGCAGCUCCUUAGUAAGAACUACCUCACUCACAGGGAUUUCUUUUGGGGAAAAGAGCAAGGCCAAAAAAAGAAAACAGAUUAUAACCAGGCUUCUCCUUUAGAAAAAAAGGGAUUCAAAUGGGCACAUUUUAAUUGGGGUUAAGUUGUGUGCUUUUUUUCUCACCAGUUUGAGAUGUCUGGCAAAUUAGGGCUAAAAAAAAAAAUGUUUUUCUAGAAAGCUUUACAUGGGUGAACAGCAGCAGGAGGAUUCUUUAUAUCUCAGUGAUUGCUGACUGGCACAAACGCACCAGUAUUAGCCCCGCC